AUGCAGGGCGUAAGUCUCAGCCGCUGGUCGCUGGUCCUCCUGCUGCUUUGGACCCUGACAGCCGUCGCUGAAUCAGCCGGUGUCACGAGCACAGAACGAGGAGGAGCUGGAAGAAGCCAGAGGAGAGGAGGCGGAGGAGGCGCAGAGAAGAAAAAGAGGUACCACCGCAUCCAACAUGGCCAGUGCAGCUACACCUUCAUCCUCCCGGAGCUGGACGGAUGCCAGGCCGGAGGAUCGCCGGCACAGACCGAACCAUACGGCGGCUCCCGCGGCAGGACGAGUGUCGUGCAAAGAGACUCGCCGCCGAUAGACGGUGACUGGUCGGCUCAGAAACUGCAGCACCUGGAGAACACGAUGGAGAACAACACGCAGUGGCUGCAGAAGCUGGAGAGCUUCGUUCAGAAGAGCCUGAGACGAGACGUCACCAACGUGCCGUCCCACGUCGUUCACAACCAGACGGCCGCCAUGCUGCAGAUCGGGACGAACAUCCUCACGCACACGGCGGAGCAGACGCGCAAACUCAACGUGGUGGAGGCCAAGGUGCUGAACCACACGUCUCGGAUAGAGAUCCAGCUUCUGGAGAAUUCUCUGUCCACCAACAAGCUGGAGAAAGAGCUGCUGCUGCAGACGUCCGAGAUCAGUCGACUGCGAGACAAGAACAGUCGUCUGGAGAGUAAAGUUCAGAUGCUGGAGUCUCAGCAGAGAGGAGAGCUGGAGGACAUGAAGCAGGAGAAGAACAGGCUGCAGUCUGUGGUCAGGACUCAGAUGUCGGCCAUCGACUCUCUGGAGAAGCAGCUGAGAGUCGCCAGCAGCAACAACACGGCUCUGCAGAGGCAGCAGGCUCUGCUGAUGGAGUCUGUCCACACACUCAUUAACAUGGUGUCCAGUACUACAGUGUCACCUCUGAGGAGCCAGAUGUGGAGGGACUGUGCAGAUGCUUACAAGGCCGGUCACUCUGUCAGCGGUCUCUAUCACAUCCACAUCGGCAACAGGACUGAACCUGUGCAGGUGUACUGUGACAUGGAGACGAGCGGCGGAGGGUGGACGGUGUUCCAGCGGCGGUUUAACGGCAGCGUGGACUUCCAGAAGAGCUGGAGCGACUACAAGACGGGCUUCGGGGACAUGUUAGGAGAACACUGGCUGGGUAACGAAGUCCUGCACCUGCUCACCAGUCAGAGUCAGUACUCUCUGAGGGUGGAGCUGAGAGACUGGGAGGGAAACCCCGCCCACUCCCAGUAUGACCGAUUCACACUGGCCAGUGAGAAGCAGCAGUACAGGUUGUACCUGAGAGGUUACAGCGGCUCAGCGGGGAGGCAGAGCAGCUUGGCCACACAUGGAACCGGCUUCAGCACCAGAGACCGGGACAACGACAACUGUGACCACUGCAAAUGUGCCCUGAUGCUCACCGGAGGUUGGUGGUUUGACGCCUGUGGCUUCUCCAACCUGAACGGUAUCUACUACACCGUCGGCCACAACAUCAGGAAGCUUAAUGGCAUCAAGUGGCACCAUUUCAGAGGCCCCAGCUACUCCCUGCACUCCACCUCCAUGAUGGUACGACCCUACGACUUCUAACAGAACCCCCCCGGCCUCCCCCAGGCUGAUGGUACGACCCUGUGGCUCCAUAUCACCCCUGCUCCAAAAUGCCUUCCUGAUUAUGUGAACACCCCUCAGCUCCAGCACCAUGAUGGUUUGACCCUCCCAUCCUCCCCCCUGAUGGUUCAGUCCGACAGCUGAUAACAAACCCUCUGAGAUCCACAGUGGUUCAAACCUAAACUUCAGAAGAUCCUGAGAAUCACAAACGUAACGGUGAAACCUGUCUGAGCAGACUUCAUGCAGACACGGGUCACAGUGAUGAUGUCAUGUGAUGUGUCAUGUGAUGUGAACAGCUUCAUGUGCAGGUUGAUAAAGUUCAGUUGAAUAAUAAAGAAACAACUGGGUGAAGGUUUGGAUUUGAAAACACUAAACUAUCACUCCAAAGUUAUUUUAUAGCUGUUUCUAACGAGUCUUUUAUUA